AGCGUCCCCCUCCAAGGCGGAGAUCAGAGCUUGGACCUCUAAGCAUACAUCCGUGAUGGCCUCAUAUGCUUUCCUCUGUCUGCUCUGCGCUUUCACCUCAUUCAUCGCAUCCGCGAGCGCACAGGGUGAAGUGGCUAUGCGUUCUCAUCGCUAGAUCUGUGCCACCUGUGUGUGGGCUGCAGUCAGGGUGAACCAGACCGAUGGCGUCCUUCGGAGUGCCGACGGCCUCGGCACGCCCAUUCAUUCAGGCCUCUACUACGCUCACGUAGGUAUGUCCGAUCUGUAUGCCCUCGACGGGGCAGGCGUCAGCAUAUACGAGAGCAUUCACCUCAAGUUCAACGAUUCAAGCGAGGUGCGGCGCACUCACCUCGCCGGGAGGGCGUUGGUGCUCAUGUGCGCUCUGUGCGUGUAUGUGUGCGUGUGUGUGUGAUACUGUCAGUUUUAUGCUCCGAUUGAGUCGAUGUUUCGGUACCCCAACGGCACUGUUCGCGUCUAUCUGGGCGGCGGAUGGGAGAUGACGCUCAACAAAGGUAAGUAGGAAUCGCCUCCGUCCCUUUCGUUCGUUCCCCUCCACCCUCCACCUAUGUGUGUGUAUUUGUGCAGAUGGUCUGCAGCUGUACGACUCUAAAGGCGUCUUGGCCAAGGAGAUCACUGUCGUGCCAGCGGAGGAGAGGAGGCUGCAAUCGGUACACAGCCAGACACACACACACACACACCAACAGACAUACUUCUGCUCUCUCACGCGUGUGUGUAUCCCGGGCGAUUGGUUGGGUGCAGACUUCUGGUAGCACAGGCGGCACCAAGGCAUUGGGCUGCGCCCUGACGGGAUGUGGCAGCGCGCGAGGUCAGCAUACACGCGUCAGGAUUGCCUUGGUUGCUCUUGUCGCCAUGUGUCUGCGUGUCCAUCUGCAGUUGGGUUGAAUGCGCGUUACCGCAAUUCGCGCCCCUGGCUGCCCGCGGUGCCCGACGACGAGGCGUACCUGCCCCUCCCUCUUGCGCAGGCUAACGUCCUCGACUCAUACUACGCUUUUGGCACAGGUGGGUUGUGCCGUGCAUGGCUCCAUGACUGAGAGAGGGUCCCAUUGAUGUGCCCGGUGUGGUUCGUGGCUCUGCCUUGUCUGCUGCAGGCGGCAGCAACGCCCAAGUGCCAUGCGAAAGUAAGAUGCUCAGACAAAGACGCCACUCCACAUUUCUUCUAUGUGUGGGUGUCUGCCUUUGUCUUGUUUCAGAUCUGUACUACUACAACACCCACACAGCGCAGUGCAAGAGGGCGCCCCGAGGCCGCAGUCGGGUGGACGCGGGCUACACGCUGAGAGACAAGUACAGAAACGACGUGCAGGGCAUCGGCGUCAUUCCCCUCAGAUACGGCUUCUGGUAGCGAGUGCCAUGUGUGUGUGUGUGUGUGUCGUAGUCCAUUAGUGUGCGUGCCUGUGUAAGUAUGUGUGGGUGUGGGGUGUAUAGAGUCUUUUGCUCUCUCGCUGCAUUCGCUCGUUCAUUCGUCAGUUAGUGACGUUUUUCAAGUGCGUCCAUGUGCAAGCGGCUGUCGUGUACAGUGAGG